UGUAUCAUUGCUGAGCCGGUUUCAUUCAUCGUACCACGGAGUGAGCUCCGAGCUUGAUACACAACACAGUCUUAUUUCUGCUGUUUUCUCCUUUUGGGGCGCACGGUUGCACCGCGCCUCUUCAACUGCCUCAGGCCGUGUCGACGAAGCGUUCAUCCCGUCCAGUUGGAGAUGUGACGCGCGGUGGAGACGGUUGACAACGGGACCUCGGCAUAACCCCCCAAAAAGUCAGCGCGUUGACAGUUCGUGUGGACUGAGAACGAACGAGUUGGACUUUUGGUUAUCAGGAGAGUUCUAGUGGAUGUUCAGGACAAGCUUUAUGUACAGUGGUUUCAUUCACUCGACUCGCUGUGGCCAAUCAACGCAACAUUAAUUUGACUUGGAUAUUUUUCGUUUUCCCCUGAACCGUGUGUGCUAACCUUUGAGUUGCGGUUUACAACCAGCACUUGCCCAGGCUUUUUGAAGUGAAGAUUGGCCCUGGUUUCAAGCUCGUAGAGCUAGCACGAAGUUUGAGGAAUGACCUCGUGAACUUGAGAGAACUCAGGUACCUGGUAUUCGGGAUCGCAAGUCUCCAGAUUUGGGGGUUGGGAGACUCUUCUGAACACGGACAUCCCCGAGUAAUGUUCGAGUCCAUCUUUUGAACUUUCUAGCCAGAACUUAGUCUGUGGUUGUCAAGAAUAAUCCGUUCUGCUCGUGCUGCUUCAGACGUUGCAGAUAGGAAACAAAUAAAUCGGAAAAUUUGUCAUCUCAAAUAGCCAGGAUGCAUUCUCCACUUCCAGAACGGACGAUACUCAACGAGGGUGGUGAAGACGAAGUGGAAUGCUAUGGCCUCAAACGAAAUAUUCCCAGGACCAUUUUGUGUUACAUCUUGGGCUUCUUCACUUUGGGUAUCUUCAUCGCAGCAUUGUACUGGAAGCCCAACUGGAAAGCAAAGUUCAUGUAUCGGCAGACACGAUUGGACCAGGCGGACACAGUGCUCCUAAAAGAUAUGUACAAACAGUGGUUCCUGGUUCGUGUACAGGUUUCAAAGGACGCAUUACCAAAAGAGAAAAGGAAGAAAGUUGAGGAAACGAAAUGUGACAAUGCAAACAAGACAAACGGUGACCAGAGCCAUGAGCAACAGUUCAUGCGUUUCUUUCGGUUUCAAAAGCUGAAAUACAUCUGGGAAACGGAGGGCUACAACUUCUUCAGACUACGGGGACUUGAGAGCGGAGUACCUUGUUCCGAUAUGUACGAUGCCUUCACUGGAUUCACAGCGGAUGAACAGAAGACCAGGCGAGACUUAUACGGCCCAAAUGAAAUAGACAUAGCUCUGCGAUCCAUAUUUGUACUUUUCGUUCAAGAGGCUUUGAAUCCGUUCUACGUGUUCCAAGUGUACAGUAUUUGCUUAUGGAUCUUUGGAUUCAACUACAUCUUAUUCUCAGUGGCCAUCAUGGCGAUGUCUCUCAUCUCAAUCACAUUGACGGUGUACAGCACCAGAACUCAAAGUGUUACCCUGCGACGGAUGGUGAAAACAACCGGUACCGUUACCGUCAACAGAGGAGGCCAAAGAGGAGUUGAGGAGGUUUGCGUAACAGAUCUGGUUCCGGGUGAUUUGGUCGAGCUUCCGACUCGCGGUUGCAUGAUGAGCUGUGAUGCAGUACUUAUCAGCGGCAGCUGUAUUGUUAAUGAAAGUAUGCUAACUGGCGAAUCGGUCCCGAUCACCAAGACACCCCUCCCCUGCCCACCAAUGGGAGUAGACGAUCACCCGUUGAUGUUUGACCCAGAGAACCAUAAAAGACACACGCUGUACUGCGGUACGGAGAUUCUGCAGGGACGCCCUGUGGGCAAGCAGCCCAUAAGUGCAGUCGUCGUUAGAACAGGAUUUUCCACAGCCAAGGGAGAUCUUGUCCGAUCGAUUCUCUUUCCAAAACCCAUCGACUUCAAGCUCCACAGGGACGCGCUCCGAUUCAUCUGCAUGUUAGCAGUAUUUGCUUUUUGCGGUGCAGUUUUCGUCACUGUAAUCAAAAUCACCCACAAUGCCUCUACCAAGGACAUCAUUCUCAAGGCGUUGGAUGUCUUCACCAUCGCUGUCCCUCCAGCUCUACCAGCCGCCCUGACCAUCGGGAUGGUGUACGCCCAAGCAAGACUCAAGAACCACAAGAUAUUCUGCAUCAGCCCUCAGAGAAUUAACCUUAGCGGUAUGCUGGAUGUCAUCUGCUUUGAUAAGACAGGCACCCUGACGGAGGAUCACCUGGAAUUACUUGCUGUUUCACCAGUGAAUUCAGAUGGAUUUGUGAUGGUGUCUGACCCGUCAAAAAUUCAGUUUGGACCCUUCGUGGCUGCCAUGGCAACCUGUCAUUCCCUGACCAUAAUUGACGGAGAGUUGAAAGGAGACCCGCUUGACCUCCAGAUGUUCCAUUCCAUCAAAUGGAAUUUGGAAGAACCAAAAGAUGGUGAAUUAGGAAAUUUUGACCACAGCAUGCCCACAGUGGUUUAUUCAUCAGACGAGGAAGCAUCAGACGCAAAGAGGAUAGAAGAGAUCGGAAUUCUUCGGCAGUUUACAUUCUCGUCUGGACUUCAGCGGAUGAGCGUAGUGGCGAAGACGACAGGUUCACCAAACUUCAGCAUCUUUGUUAAAGGGGCACCGGAGACUGUGGCCUUGAUGUGUGACCCAGCAUCAGUUCCAGGCGACUUUGAAGACGUUUUGAAGGAUUUCACUCAGCAGGGAUUGAGAGUUCUGGCGAUUGCCUGCCGUGAACUGGGUGAAAACGUUGGCUACGAUGAGGCGCUUAAACUGCAGAGGAGUGCUGUUGAAUGUGACCUUCAGAUGCUUGGUCUGAUUAUAAUGCAAAACACUCUCAAGCCUCAGACAACACCGGUCAUCGCUAAACUAAAAAAGGCCGACCUGAGGGUUGUCAUGGUUACAGGCGACAACAAGCUUACAGCCAUUCACAUGGCAAGAAAGUGUGGCAUGAUUGGCCCAACCGAAGCUGUUAUUGAAGUAGAGGCGACGCCCCCUCUUGUUCACGGGCAACAACCUUCCAUAAAAUGGACCCCAGUCGAAGCGCACUCACACCACAGCAACAACAUCAAAACAAAUUGCAGACGAGAAAAUGGACAGGUACCAGAGGAGGUUCAGGUGACAUUCACCGGGGCGGAGACGGCUAUUGAUAUAAACUCCUAUCACUUUGCCAUGGAUGGCAAAACAUUCGCUGUUAUUGCGGAAUACUACCCGGAACUCAUGCCCAAGAUUGCAACUCGAGGUACCGUCUUUGCCCGCAUGUCUCCCGAUCAGAAAGCCCAGCUCAUCGAGGCAAUCCAAGACUUACAUUUACAUGUAGGAAUGUGUGGAGAUGGAGCCAAUGACUGUGGAGCUCUGAAGACGGCACACACCGGUAUCUCGCUGUCGGAGGCAGAGGCUUCCGUCGCUUCACCAUUCACCUCUCAGAUACAAAACAUUGAAUGUGUCCCAACCCUUAUCAAGGAGGGUCGAGCAGCCCUUGUGACAUCAUUUGGAGUAUUCAAGUACAUGGCUGUCUACAGUAUGAUACAGUUCAGUACAGUCAUAAUCCUCAACUCUGUGGAUGCUUUUCCAAGUGACGCUCAGUUCAUGUAUUGGGAUAUAGCUAUCACGACCACUGUCGCUCUACUGAUUGCCCGUAAUGAGGCCUAUCAAACGCUAGUCAAACGCAAGCCGCAAGCUCAUCUGAUUGACUCCUCCAUUCUCUUCUCUGUGUUUGGUCACAUCUUCAUACAAUUCAUUGUUCAGAUCCUGGCCUACAUUAUGCUCAUUGCUCAACCAUGGUUCACCCCUUUGGAGAAGAUUGAGGGCAGUAUUGUGAAUUACACCAACUACGAGACAACAACCAUGUUCUGCAUCUCCUCAUUUCAGUACAUCGUUGUGUCUUUCUUGUUCUCUAAGGGACCGCCGUAUCGAAAGCCAAUCUAUACCAACAUUUUAUUUACCAUCGACCUGGUUGUUUUGCUGUUGUUUACCAUCUUCGUGGUUAUGGUAGAAGUUCCGGCUAUAUAUAAUUUCAUACCUUUGAAGACAGUCCCGUUAGAUUUCCGGUUUAUGAUCUUGGGACUCGCCGUUGCCUAUUUCCUAGCAGCAAUUCUCCUGGAGAAUUUCUUAGCAGAGAACACCUGGUUGAAUCAGAUAAUCUCCUGCCGUACUUGUCGAAGCAAAAGUUUAUCCAAGCACGCCCAAGUCGAGGAAGAGCUCCUGGCUGAUCCCAACUGGCCUCCGCUCUCCAGCCGCCCUCUCAUCGCUGCUCAGACCAAUGGGAAAUGCGUAGACGAGGGGUCCGUCACCCAACGGUCCGGAAAGCCAGCAGCAGAGGGCAGUGUUGAAACACCAGUCUGAUUCUCGUAAAAGUCGUCAACGAGAAUUCAAACAUGCUGAAGCGCACAACACGGGAUCUGAAAGAUGUCGCUGUGCGACUUUUUCCCUCUAGCUGUCGUACAGCCUAAAAAUGCCACGUGGACUUGAUGAUCUUGGUACAUUUUUGUUACUUUUGUACUCUGUAAUGAUAAGUCAUAAAAUAAAAACGAGGUACACUUUGUGCGUUUUUGUUUUCCCUAUGUAGAAACUAAAACGUGAGUGGUGGAGUUUAGUAAAUGUGCGAGUGUUUGUUACAAUGUUUAACAUAAAAAAAAAUGUGUUUUUUUUUCCGGAAGUGUAGUAACUCUUAAGUAGAGAUUUUCCAAAGCAAGUGCUUUAUUGCGGAUAUCUAAAUAACGCGGCCCAGGGCUAGAAUUUGACACUGGUCCGCGGAGACCUGCGAUUUCAGUGACGGGGCAACAUUGAAAUAUUGUUUAAAUAUUGUUUAAAAAAAAAAAAAAAUUGCGGAAGUGUAGUGGCUCCUAAGCUGAUUCUUGAAAGCAAAUGCGGAGACCUGGAGGCAAGCGAUUUUAGUGUCGGGCCAGUAAACUCAAGACAGGAUAAGUGCAGUGGUCUUGUUUUUUUCAUCAAUUAAAAUUCUUUUUGUGGGUUUUCUAUGAAAUAAUUCUUAUGUUUUUUUUCCUCCCACAUAUACGCUGAAACUUUAUUCCUUGUCUUUUCUCCAUGGGGUUCUUGGCUAGUACAGUGAUUAAGUUUGCUUUUCUGAGAGUCAUUUGCUUCACAACCAGUAUUAAUAAAUGGAGUUAAAUAAAUGCAAACUGGAUCAGGUUGGAUAGAUACAAAACGCAUUUGCAACAUUCUCCAAGGACUCUGGGAAGUAGAGUAUACAGUGCGGUGUAUGGGUAGAAAUUAAUAUUCUUUAUCCCCGAUGCAAAAUUAACAUCUAUUAUAUAAACAUUCUCUAAGUUUGGUGAGCGCUUAAAGUUGGCCAAGAUAGUUAUGGACAAAAUAGUGAGACUGCCAAAAUAGGGCUUGAUAGCUCAGUUGUUGGUAAAGCACCGGCAUGGGGUAAUCCGGAGGUCGUUGGUUCAAAUCCUGCUUUAGUAAACUUUGUCUUUGUUUACCGGUCACCUAAAAAAAGUAUAGGCCUACUAGUGUGGCUUAAACUUCCUCAAACAAAAUUCUCCAAAUCAGAGUGCUUGUUAUAAAGUGCUCAUUCUUUUUGAAUGUUCAUCUACAGGAUUAGAGAAAGCAUAGAGUGUAGUAAGGUCAUCACACAUGUACAUUUUGUGGUGGCAUGGUUGGCUUGUGCGUAAAAUGCUCGCCUCAUCACCAAGGUGACCUCGGUUCGACUCCCGUUCAGGGCCAUAUGUGAGUAAAGAUUUUAAACAAUUGAACUGUAUUCAGUAAAAAAAACGACAGAUGUACAAAUUCUGGAGACGUAUAAUAAUGUACGUGCAUGCAUUCGGUGUUAACUCUAUUUAGUGGAACAGGAAAGAUGUAUUUGCGUGGUAGUGUUUGAAGCAAGUCUAGGAUGUUUUGAUACUACUAGUUGGAAUUUUUAUGAACUAGACUUUCAAAUUAACAAAUGAUUGUAUAUGCUUAUAAAUUAGACAAAGUAUAAUGUUCGUUUCCAUGGAGAUCGAUCUUGUUGAUAAAAAACAAAGAAUGUGUAGAUUGCGCAAAUGUUUAGACAGCUGGGUGAACACAGACUACUUGACAAUCUUGUUAUUUUUUCUCUGUUCACCCAACGAUGAUUUUUAUGUACCCAGUCUGUUUCCCUUGUGGUUUAUAACUUGAAAUUAUCAUGCACAAAAAAAACUACCAAUACUAUGAUUUUGCAAAUACCUUAGCGAAGUUGAGAAAUAUUCAGCUAGAUUAGAAACCUCUGGCAUUAACUACUCUUUGCAUCUAAUAUUUACCCUGCGAGUAUUUAUAAUCCAUUAUAUUUAUGAGAGAUGUAAAUACUGCAGGAUUUUACCAUCAAUAUGUAGCGAUACAUAUGUGACAAAACCAAAUGGGAAAACAAAAAGGUUUCCAUAGUGGAAUUCUUGCGGCUGGGGUAUAUGUAUUCAACAAGGAAUUUAGUGUACAAAGUCCAUGGAAGGUUCUUAGCUACAGGGACAAAGGAAAGAACAAAAAUGUCUCCGCAGGGACGCAAACAACAGAAUGUGUGUUUAUAAGCCAAAAAUGAAUUAAGGCGACAACAAAAAUCACAGUUCCUUUAUGAUCAUAUGAUGGUGUUGCUGGAUGUGAACCAUGCAAGUUAAAUGCGCAUGCCUAGUUGUAGCGGUGUUUUCCUAAAAUACCUUUGUACAAAAAUAAAUAAAUAAAUAAAUAAAAACUUAAUUUAUGCUUAAGAAACUUUAUAGCACUUUGAAAAUUUCUGUGAGGAAAAAAAAUCAGUGGUUUUUUUCAUGAGUUUUACUGAAAGGUAUAUCUCAGCUCAACUUCAAAACACUUCCAGAAUGAGUAAAGUAAACUUCGGAGCGAUUGUAAUUAACUAUCUUGAUAGACGAGUGUGAAUGUAGAUGAGUAGGGUGCAUGAAUAUUAAUGAGCUGAUGAAUAUUCAAAUCACCGUGAAUAACAAUGUAAUAAUUUACAUAAUAAUCUAUUAUAUGUACUAUGCAAUUUAUAUAGCAUAGAUAACGUAUUAUUAUAUGUAAUUUUGGUGUUAUAUAAAAAAUAUAUAUCUAUAUACGUUCAUAUAUUCAUUUGCAAGUACUUUAAUAUAAUAUAUAAUCAGAAACUUAAUGUGUAAAAGACUUUUUUUUGUUUUUGUAAAAUGUGUAUAGACAUGUGUUAACUUCCUUCCACCCGGCCUGACACAAGAAUCAAAAGCAAUAAUUAAAAAAAGAAUAAUUGUAAAAGCUUGCAGACAAUGAUAUUAAAUUGUCAAAGACCGGGGCCAUAUUUCAUGGCUCUGCUUACCAUAAGCAAAGAAUCGGCGCUAACGGAAGCAGGGAGUUCCUCUGAAAUGUAUUUCACAGGUUAUGAAGGGAAUUUUUGCUUGUGCGCAUGCGUGUUCCACAUUGCUAGGCAUUCUUCGCCUACUGCAGCUACAGUGUAGCACAGAAAUUUUGCGUCUGCACUGUAAGCGGAAAACGAUGAUCGUAAGCGCAAAAUUCGGCGGUAAGCAGAGCCGUGAAAUUGGGCUCACUAGCAAUACUUUAUGUGACCUACUAAAUACAUGUACAUGAAAUAAUAAGCCUAUUCACGUUUAUGCACUAUCGGUCAUAUCAAACUCAUGUGACAGUGCAAAAACACAUGGUUCAACUGUUUUUCAGCAUUAAGUUUUGGACAUUCAGAUAUUUCCACUUUGAUUUAAAGGGAUUGUAUAAUCAAAAUUGUAUGUUAUUUUCAUCAUUGGAAAGACCAACUCUUCACCUUUCCAAUCAUUGUAAGCUUGGGUAUGGACAAUGGACAUGGACAAAACUACAGCUUUUUAACUAAUACCAUAUGGAUUUAGAGCUUUAGUUAGUUUGAAAAUGGUUUUGAAAGUCGACUGUAAGUUGAAAAAAGUGGCGUCAGAACUCCUCCAACUGUUUAGUGCAAGAUUUUAAAGAUGGCUGACUGUACACUUAGAGACAUCAAGUGAGAUCCAUGUAUAUUCAUUAGUAUCUUCAGUGACCUAUGACCCAGUGAAUGACCUAUGACCUGUAGUACUUUUCCAUGAAUAAAGUAGAAAACAUGUCAAAAGUAGUAUGUCGCUUUGUUGUUAUUAACAUUAUAUUAGAUUUAAAAUGGCCCAACACAGGAUCAGAAAGUCUAUCGUGGCUACUCUAGGUAAGGGCUCCUCAAGGGCUAAGUCUUGCAACUCACACCUGUUAUCUCCAUGUAAUUCCUUUUCCAAAAAGUGGACUGCAUAAACCAGUAGGGGUGCUGAAUGCACAGGCAAAUUAACUGCUUAUCCAUUAAGUUUAAUGACCCAAGUAAUUCAAUGUAAACACACCCACUCACUGAAAAGGAUGCAUAUACUUUUCAAAUUUUUGUGGCCAAACUCGGAAAUUAUUUCAUGGCAUUUUCCUGUGAUGUAGAUUCCUCUCGUGGGUUGCUGAAGGUGAAAUACAGCCUGUGUAAUGGAUAUAUACAUGUAAACUAAAGUUAAUGGCCUGACGUUUCAAUCCUAGCAGAGUCUUUCACAAAGGAUAAACAAGUACCAGUAAUAACAUUUGACUUAACACCAUGUACAUUUUGAAUAUUAGAAAUUUAUUUGCAUAAAAAAACCUCUUGCUUCAGCUUACUUCAGUACAAUGUUUACUUCCUGAUGUUUCCCAUUGCAAAUAGACGAAAAUGCAGUGUAUGAUUUUUGGUUUUAAAUAAUUACCCAUCAAUUUGAACAUAAAAGUAAGUAAUAUUUCAAUGGCAGUAAAUGGUUACAGGCAGAAACUCUUAAUGGAAAAACAAAAUAUAUAGUUUCAAGAAGGGCUUCAAGGUCAGACUCGGUUUUGUGACACGCUAAUUUGGCAAUAGAUCCUUUAACAAGGGGCUCCGAGGUCAAAAUCGAGGCUGGAAGAACACAAUAGUCUGGUUCCCAUUUGCAAAAUGAUUAUUAGCAUUCAUUAUUGUUAUUCGAUACGAGGACUAUGACCAAGAUGGAGGCAGCAUGAUAACUGUCUGUAGGAAGAGGCCUUGAAAAUAGAAACAAAUUAACUGCACACUUUUUGCCAUGUGGCCUUGCUAUUAGCUGCUAUACCUCUUUUAGGGGGGGGGGGGG